AUGACUUCCUUCAGAACCCACAUUUCCACCAUAUCUUUCCUCUCUCCCCUUCCCCUAAUCCUAUCCACUCUCCUUGGCUAUGGAUUCUCAGCUUCCAUCUUCCUCACAGCACUAGUACUCAUCCUUAUCCCCAGAUCGAAACUUCACCAAUCGCAACAAACCCCAAUUACAGAGACAGCUCUAGUUCAGCAAACCCUAGAUUUCGAAGGUAUUCUGCAGCAAUAUUCAAAGGAACAAGAGCAAAGUUCUUUGAUCGAGGAAGAGGAAGAGGAAGAGGAAGAGGAGGAGGUGGUGGAAGAAGAAGAAGAAGAAGAAGAAGAAGAAGAAGAAGAAGAAGAAGCGAGGAGGCGGAGAGAGCUGACCGACGGCGAGUGCAAAGGGAGGCUGUCGUCUACGAGCGAGGAAUCGGAGGUGGACUACUGGCCGUUUCAGGGGAACAUGUUCCAGAGCCCGGAUUUCAUGGACGGAGGAUACAUCUCGGACGAAGAGAGCUUGAUCGAGAUUGCGCUUCCUGGCGGGGAAUUCGUGAUCCGCUCAAGCUGCAAAGACCACAAACGUCAAUUCGUGGUGAUCGAAGAGGAUGAUAACUUGUUCGAGAUUGACAUUUCCAUGGGCUCAAAUAAGAGUAGAUUUGAGAUUGAAUCUUAA